CAACUCUUUUUCUCUAAUCAAUAAUAACAACACCUGCCUAUAAUUGACACCAUCAUCCAUGACAAAUGACAGUACUCUCAUGACACAAGACGAUCUUUCAGGAUUGACAAGGCUUCAACUGCAAGCAUUGUGCGUCAAAGCCGGACUCGACACAACUGCUGGUAAUGAAGAGCUGCGAAGGAUUUUACGAGAACAUGAAAUGCAGCACGAACAAUUAGAGAGCGAAGACUCAAUGCUUAAAGCAGCAGCAGGAGAAGAAGCGACAGUUAUUGAUGAGACUGAGCAGGUCGUAUCCAAUAGAGCAGAUAUAAACUCAACUGACAACGUGUCGACCGUUAUCACAGUUGUUUCGGAAGUAAAAACUGAGGUUUUUCAGGAAGUCAAGGUUGAGGAGACUGAACAAGGGGCAACUAUAAAACCAAUUGCAUCUGAACAUGCAGCGGGACCCGUAAAAGUUAAAAUAGAGCCAGAAGAGGCCGCCAUCAAGCAAGAAGACAGCAAUGGACAGAAUAGACAUAUUGAAGCAGGUAGCAUGAACCAUGUUGAAUUGACAAUGACAGUCAAGCAGGAGCUGACAGAUGUAGAGAUGCCCCUGGCAGAUGUAAAAGUUGAGGAAACAAUUGUACCAGUUGCAAAGCGCAAGCAGUUCUGGGAGGCGAAAACAAGCUCACCAAGAAUAAAGUCCAUUUCACCUUCGUCACCAUCAUCAAAGUCAGUGAUACGCCCCGCACUCUCCGUCGGCAAAGCUAGGCCCAAUGGCAAUCAACAGACUUCUACUUCACGGGCAGAUGUGAGCCAAAAAAGAGGCAGACCGUUGGAAGACAUUGAUGGAGAGAAUGAUGUUGAUAUCAAGGGUGAAAAUGGCUCUGAUGAUGAUUAUCGCGAUAGGGAUAGUAACAGUCCUACAGUCAACUCUCUUCCUACGCCUGGCACAGUUCGUAGUUUGAUUGGCAGAUUUGCCGGCUCUGCUACCAUCAGCCCAUCUGGAUCACCCGUGAACAAAAAACGUCGAAUGGAUUCUCCAAAAACAUCUCCUGUCUCGUCUGCAUCUCCAAAAAUUCCUAAAUAUAAGCGUGUCAUAAAGAUCCCGACAGCAAAUCCAGGCGCCACUACAGCAGCAUCUGCACGGUCUGUUGUUGGAGCUCCAGUGAAGAAGAGGAAAACGGUCAGUUCUGCAUCACCGACACCGGCUUCGGCGGCGGCAUCUACAGUCAGGAAAUCAACUGGUGUUUCAGCAGAGACGAUUAAUCGCCUGGCGACUCCCAAAAAGGUUGUGUCUGCGGCGGCCAAUACGGCAGCACCUCCUUCUUCCGUAUCUUCGACGUCUGCUCCACCUGUACCGACACGGCCUCGUGGCCCUGUCCUUUCAACAGCUUCUCGGGCAGCACAACGCCGGAAUCGCGAGAGAAAAUAGCUUUGAGCUAUUUUGAUUUGAGUUUCGAGGGAACUAUGACCGUUGCUGUGUUUUGUAUUAGCCAUUUUAAAAUAUUGAAUUGAAUAAAUAAGCAAGCCAC